CACCUCCGCCCGCCCGCUGCGCGCGCCCCGCCCCUUUCCCCUGAGAGCGACGCGGCGGGCGGCGGAGCGGAGGCCUCGUGCCGUAACGGCCAUCGCGGCGGCCGCGGCGGCGUCUGGGUGCCCUCGUCAGUGCUGAAGCUGCUGAAAGAUGGCAGAAGAAGUGGUUGUAGUAGCCAAAUUUGAUUAUGUGGCCCAACAAGAACAAGAGCUGGACAUCAAGAAGAAUGAGAGAUUAUGGCUUCUAGAUGAUUCUAAGUCUUGGUGGCGAGUUCGAAAUUCCUUGAAUAAAACAGGUUUUGUGCCUUCUAACUAUGUGGAAAGGAAAAACAGUGCUCGGAAAGCAUCUAUUGUAAAAAACCUAAAGGAUACAUUAGGCAUUGGAAAAGUGAAAAGAAAACCUAGUGUACCAGAUUCUGCAGCUCCUGCUGAUGAUAGCUUUGUUGACCCAGGGGAACGUCUCUAUGACCUCAACAUGCCUGCAUAUGUGAAAUUUAACUACAUGGCAGAGAGAGAGGAUGAAUUAUCAUUGAUAAAAGGGACGAAGGUGAUCGUCAUGGAGAAGUGCAGUGAUGGGUGGUGGCGAGGUAGCUACAAUGGACAAGUUGGAUGGUUCCCUUCAAACUACGUAACUGAGGAAGGUGACAGUCCUUUGGGUGACCAUGUGGGUUCUCUGUCAGAGAAAUUAGCAGCAGUUGUCAAUAACCUAAAUACUGGACAAGUGUUGCAUGUGGUACAGGCUCUUUACCCAUUCAGCUCAUCCAAUGAUGAAGAACUUAAUUUUGAGAAAGGAGAUGUAAUGGAUGUUCUUGAAAAACCUGAAAAUGACCCAGAGUGGUGGAAGUGCAGGAAGAUCAAUGGAAUGGUUGGUCUGGUGCCAAAAAACUACGUUACCAUUAUGCAGAAUAAUCCAUUAACCUCAGGUUUGGAACCAUCACCUCCGCAGUGUGAUUACAUUCGGCCUUCACUCACUGGAAAGUUUGCUGGCAAUCCUUGGUAUUACGGGAAAGUCACCAGGCAUCAAGCAGAAAUGGCAUUAAAUGAAAGGGGGCAUGAAGGUGAUUUUCUCAUUCGUGACAGUGAGUCUUCGCCAAAUGAUUUCUCAGUAUCACUAAAAGCACAAGGGAAAAACAAGCAUUUUAAAGUCCAGCUAAAAGAAACUGUCUACUGCAUUGGGCAGCGUAAAUUCAGCACCAUGGAAGAACUUGUAGAACAUUACAAAAAGGCACCAAUUUUUACAAGUGAACAAGGAGAAAAAUUAUAUCUUAUCAAGCAUUUAUCAUGAUACUGCUGACCAGAAACGAUUGCUGCACAGCUCUAAUUCGUCAUGUAAUUGAAGACUGAGAAACUGUCAGUCCAAUCAUACUUGAUUGGAUGUUGCUAUUUCUAACUCUAUAUGAGAAUUGACUAUAAUACAUAAGUAUUUUUAUUAUAACUCAACCCAUACAUAUAUACUACGUAUGCAAAGCAUCUGCAUAAGCGAUUCUUUUUCCUUUGUCUUCUGUUUUAUUGUUUCCUUUGUUGUUUUUUUCUUUGUUUCUAAUAUUAAGGUUUUAUAUUUUGAAAAAUGAUGCAAAUUAGAAGUCUUUCUAUGGAAGAAUUUCCUUAUUGUCUCCUUUAUUUCCUUGUAAGGGCGCCAUAUUAGUCAUUUUCUCAAUGGUUUCUCUUCAUAUAAAAUUAUACCAAUAUAUGACAUAAGCUAAAAUAAAUUUCUUGGAGAGUGUUAAUCAUUUCUGUGACUAAAUAGCAAUAAUAAAUGAAAAAUUAGAAAUUAUUUUUAGGUAUUGUAUUUGUCAUAAGCCAUUGUAAAUAUCAAUCAAGUAUGUUUUAUCUGCCUUUAUUUUUAAAAAUUCAUUGUCUUCACUGUAAAUGGAACAUAGGUUAAAAAACAUAUCUUGUACAAUUUUAAUUUACAAUUGUUGGAAACAAAAAUCUCUAAAUUUCUAAGACUUUUUGGGUGCUUCUUUCUCAUCUGGUUAUUCAAGAGAACAAAGCCGUUUUUCAAACUGUAAA